CGCGCAUGCGCACAACGGAGGAAACGGUCCACUCUGCCAGCUCAGCUGACAACAGCAGCAGAGGAUGAUGGCAGACUCCGCAAGUAGCGAAGAAGUAGCUGUGAUCGGUAACACCGAUAUCACUUCAGUGGAAUCCGAAAACAACCUCAUAAACACGAUGGUGGAGAGAGGCACAGCUCUGUUGAGAAAAAUGGAAAUAAAUGUGGCAGAGGCAGAGAAGAGAACAGGGAAGAACACGGUGAACAUGCAGGAAACCUAUACAGUCUACCUCAUAGAAAUACGACCAGCUGAAACUGUCCCCGAGGGCGGUACGCCUGCCACGCCUGACACCUUGUGGAGACGCUACAGUGAGUUUGAGCUGCUCAGAACAUACCUCCUGGUCACCUACCCCUACAUCAUCAUCCCUCCACUACCAGAGAAAAGGGCAGAGUUUGUGUGGCACAAGCUGUCGGCAGACAACCUCGACCCAGACUUUGUUGAGCGACGGAGAGUGGGCCUGGAAAACUUCCUGCUGCGCGUUGCAUCACAUCCCGUCCUCUCCAAUGACAAAAUCUUCUUCCUCUUUCUGACAGAGGAAAAGGGAUGGAGGGAGUCUGUUUUGGACACAGGUUUUCAAGACAAGGUCGACUCCAGAUUAAAGUCUCUUAGUGCCAUGUUCAGAGUCAAGAACCCUGACAAGCGAUUCACAGCACUGAAACAAUACAGUGAUGAACUGAACACUGUCAUCUCUCAGUUACUCAGGGUGCGGGCGAAAGUAGCAGACAGGCUGUACGGAGUUUACAAGGUCCAUGGCAACUACGGCAGAGUCUUUAGUGAGUGGAGCGCGAUAGAAAAAGAGAUGGGAGAUGGUCUACAGAGUGCGGGCCACCACAUGGACACGUAUGCUGCAUCAAUAGAUGACAUUCUGGAGGAAGAAGAGCACUACGCAGAUCAGCUGAAAGAAUACCUUUUCUACACUGAAGCUGUCAGGUCAGUAUGUAGGAAACACGAGUUGAUCCAGUACGAGCUGGAGAUGGCAGCUCUGGACCUCGCCCAUAAGAAACAACAGAAGGAGGAGCUCGUUACCGGGACGGUGCGUGUGUUUUCUCUGAAGGGGAUGACCAGUAAACUGUUUGGCCAGGAGAGCCAGGAGCAGAGGGAGAGCCGGUUGGCAGCCUUGGAACAGGGUAUCCAGGAGGGAGAGGAGUCGCUCAAAGAGAAGAACACCGAGUGCCAAGAGUUUGUGCGAACAGCCUGGGAAGACAUUGAGCGUUUCAAAGAGCAGAAGGACAAAGAUUUGCGCGAAGCACUAAUAAGCUAUGCCAUUAUGCAGAUCAGCAUGUGUAAGAAGGGAAUCCAGGUGUGGUCCAACGCCAAGGAGUGUUUCAACAAAAUGUGAGCAACUUUCCAGCCAAUCCAGCUCUCCUGCACCAAAAUCAGAUUGUUCAGAGCGAGACCAUCAGCCGAGGGGAGACGGCCGCGGGAGCCCGAAUGCUGCCUUCACUUUGUUUGCUACGCUGAAUUGAAGCUACUUGGAAUGAUUCUGUCUCUUCCUCUCUCCCUGUCUCUUACAUACAUGCGCGCGCACACACACACACACACACGUUACGCAGAGCCUCCAAGUCAUUAAGUGGAUCCACACCUUUUAAAUCCAAGUUUCUAAUUCAUACUAUUCUCUUGGCAUUCUGCUGAUGUGAUUUUCAUUCUGCAGAUGAUCCAAAUUCUUAAUGCUGUUUCGUUGUUGGUUGCACAGCUGACACCAUUUUUCAGUUGGUUUUCUUUGAGAUUUCUCACCAAAACUGCAAUAAGUUGUCUGAUGAUAAUAUUUUAAAAGUGGGGCAAGAGUGGGAAGAAAAUGUGACACUGAACUGAAGGCCUGAAUAGCAUUGUUCUCUUAGCACUAGUCCCAAUGAUGAGCGAGCAUCUGCAGCAUGAGAUGAGAGAAAUGGAGCUGCACCCAGCUCCUUUUUUGUUCACCUGCUUGAAGCACUUCGUGUUGAAAAUCUCUCAACUCAAAGGGGCUCAUCGUCUCUUCAAAGUAUGAGCGCAAAUAUCCUCCAUUUGGUGCAUUGUUUAAAAAGAAAAAACAACCAAAAAACAGAUUGUUUAGAGCAAAGGGGCAGUGUCGAUUAUGCAGCAGUGGUUGUCAAGACAUGCUCCAUCUCAACCAUCAGCCAGUGCUUUUCUGGAUGAAAAAAAAACAACCAAACAAACCCCAUGCUAUAGUGACGUGGGCCUUACUUUGAUAGAUUGAAUGACACCUAUGCUAAAAUACCUAAAAUUUGAAAUAGUUUCUCUGCAAGAGAAUUUAUAAAUGAUAUCCUCAGGCUUCCCAAAUGUAGCAUAAAAAAGUUGGAGAAUGGAACUGAAUAAACAGAUUCCACUGAAAUUCUGGUUAAUAAAAACACUCUGUGGAGAUCAGUCAGAAACAAGAAAUCAGAUAAUAAGGCAAAGGAAACAUGGACCACGCUUCAGGAAACCACUACACGUUCACAUUUCCAUCUCUUCUUUUUCUUUUCUUUUUUGUGCUGAAGUCAGUGUUUAUGCUGCCUUUUAAUCAGCUGACCAAAGUGCUUUUGACCAAGUACUUGUAGAGUACAGAUCAUAUGUGGGGAGCAGAGGGAUGGGUUGACAAGCUUGGGGUGGUUUUGGUAGUUUUCAUUUGUUUUGUGCCAAAAGAAGAGAGCCAUGAGUUAGGUACAGUCCUGAAGGCCUUGCGGUUUCUGUUACAGUGGAGCCUCUUUUUCUUCAACUCUUUUACUUUUUGGAAACAUGGCACCCUUACAAACUACCUAAUCUACCAAGUGCAUCCAUAAGUGUAGUCAAAAGCAACACCCAGAGAUUAAUAGUCGAGUCUUUUCUCUACAGCUUUGUUGCCACUGUCAAUGUGCCUCACCCCUUUCUUCUGCACUAAAUUAAUCGACCUAAGCUCCAAGAACGCCUCAGGUCAAUGUUUACGAAGAAAUACUGACCAAAUACGUUGGAUCCUCCAAAUCUGGCUCGAUACAUGUGCCACUACCGCUUCCUCUAUGAUAUCCACCUGAGGAGGAUCUUUGGUGCAGAUUGAAUAUAAUGUGUAAAAAGUUGUGCAGAGAUUAUUUCAUGUGCGCUGACCCUGCCUUUUCAGAACGUGCAUUAAUCAAUUUACUGAAACAAUCCCAAAAUUGAGGCUUUAUGUAUGUUUUUAUAAUAAAUGUGUUCAAUGAGAAAUUGUUUUUAUGUUUCUGUAAUCAAUGUGCUAAGACACUAAUAAACAUGUUUCUUUUCUAAAACCA